AUGACUACCAUGGCCGAGAGCCACUUCACUCCCUCUGCUUUGCAGGUUGACUUUGACAAGAACAUCACCAAGUUGUAUGAGGCUAUCACCUCUAGCAACUGGGAGGUUGCGGUCGCAUGCGCCCAACAACGCCCUGCUGAAUCCAAGACUUGGGUCGUUCGCCACUAUGAUGACCAAGGCGAUGGUGCCAAGGAAGUCAUGUGGCGUUUCCUACCUAUUCACAGUGCUUGUGCUCGUCAGCCUCCUGCCGCUGUUAUCCAGGCUUUGGUCAGUUCCUACCCCGAUGGUGUCAAGUGCAUUGAUGACCAAGGAAUGUACCCUCUUCACUAUGCCUGCGGUAACCAAGCUUCUCGCGAUGUCAUUCGUCAAUUGCUUAUGGCUUACCCACAAGCUGCUAAGAAGAGAGAUCCCCGCGGAAUGCUUCCAAUCCACUACUUGACCUGCUGGGGACCAAGCUCCAUUUCAGUCGUCGACAUGGUCUUGGUUGCCAACCGUGAGGUUGCUAACGCCCAGGAUGUGGAUGGAAACACUCCCAUGGAUCUUGCAAAGGAGGGAGAAUAUCCUGAACGCGAUGCUGUCAUUGCGGCUUUGAACCGUUGGGUCACUGAAGAGCAAGAAACCCGUGGACUCGUGUCUUUGAACAAGCUUCCCACUGCUAGUGCGCCUGCUAAGGAGCAAUCAACUCUUGACAAGAUGGAAAUCAAGGUUGCUAGCAACAGCCGUGGUUUGGGUAUGACCUGUGUCGGUUUGGAUGAAGCUAUUCCAAGGACUGCGGAAGAGAAGGAUAUCGAGAUUGUUCGUCUUCGCCAAGCACUUGAACACGCCAACGACGAGCGCGAUGGCCUACGUCAAACUCUUGCCGAGUUGGCCGAAGAACACGAUCGGAUGAAGAUGAAAUCAGUUAUUCUUGGUGACCGACUUGGGUCACUUAAUGCUAGUCUAUACGGAAUGAUGGAACAGCAAAACACUGUCCUCAAUUCGUUGCGCAAGAGAGAGGACAAAUGGACCACCGUUGCCGCUCUUCGCAGAGAGAAGAUGAAGGAACUACUCCAAUUGGAAGAACAAGACGAAAGUGAGCAAAUGAACGUGAAGGACAGUUUGCUGAAACAAACAAAGGAGAUGGAGGCCAUCCAAGCAGUCAUCGCUGCCGUCCGUGCAGGACAGUAG